AAUGACAAUAUUUCGUAUUCUCUUAUAAUAGAGAGAUAAUGCGAUAUACAUAAUCGUCUUGUAAAUAACUAUGCAUUAUGAUAUUUAAAGUGCGUAAAGUGUAGACGAACUCUUCUACGAAGAACAGCUAGAGUAGAAUGAAGUUAGCCACGCACUUUUCGCGAUUUUCGUCCGUCAUUAGAGAUAUGUCACUUGUCACGUGGUAUCAAUGAGUCGUUAUAUGCGUGGUCGUAGUUUUUCUUCUGUUACAAUGUAAUAAAAUUCAAAUAACAUAUGCCGUGCAAAGUACAACGCGAUCGUGGUAUCUUAUUAAAGUACGCGCAUAAUCAUUAAUAUUAAUGAUGUUUUUCGCAAGUGCGUCGAGAAACGUGACAAGAAAGUGACAGUGUAUGCCAAACAUCUUCGAAUUUCGAGUAAAAUUUACGGAGACGCGGUCUGGCGAUGCUCCUGUCAUGUGCAGGAUGCGAGAAACCGAUAAUGGAUCAGUACCUGCUGAACGUUUUGGAUCGUGCAUGGCACGUCGAGUGCGUGCGCUGUUUCGACUGCAGAGCCGCGUUACAGGACAAAUGCUUCUCGAGAGAGGCGAAGCUCUUCUGCAGGAACGACUUCUUCAGGCGGUACGGCACCAAGUGCGGCGGUUGUCUUCAAGGUAUAAACCCGCAGGACCUCGUGAGGAAAGCGAGAGACAAGGUUUUCCACCUGAAUUGCUUCACCUGCCUAGUGUGUCGGAAACAGAUGAGCACCGGCGAGGAGCUCUAUGUCCUGGACGACAACAAGUUUGUCUGCAAGCAGGACUACCUGUCGGGCAAACCGCUGCCGGACACGCAUCACGUGCACGGUCAUCACGAACCGUCCAACCUGUCGGCAGGCGGAGACUCGCUGAUGGGCUCAGGAUCGGAAGACGAGGACGAGGACGGUAGUGCCCAUCAUCAUCAUCACGAUCCGGCCGUUCGCGGCUCUCACCUGGGAGCCCAUAACAUUGGCCCGGGUGGUCCCGGCGACCAGAGCGUCGGCCACGGUGGCGAACUACCUCUCGGCAGCGAUCCCUGCAAGCAGGAGGACUCCGAGGAUCAAGGUUCCCUGGACGGCGAUCCCGAGACGAGGGACAGCCAAACAGAGAACAAGAGCCCGGACGGCGGCGCCGGCGGUGGCAGCGGCGACGGCGGCGCCGGCUCGAAGCGACGUGGCCCGCGGACCACCAUAAAGGCGAAACAAUUGGAGAUCCUGAAGACGGCCUUCUCGUCGACCCCGAAGCCCACCAGACACAUCAGGGAACAGUUGGCGAAGGAGACCGGCCUGCCCAUGAGAGUCAUACAGGUCUGGUUCCAGAACAAGAGAAGUAAGGAGCGCAGGCUGAAGCAGCUGACGUCGAUGGGCAGGAACCCCUUCUUCGGUGGCUCGCGCAAGAUGCGCGGCUUCCCGCUGAAUCUGAACCCGGGCGCCCUCGGCGGCGAGGACGGCCCGCCACCCGGUUUCCCGUACUUCGGCCCCGACAAAUUCGAAUUCGGUUACGGCGGUCCGGUGGCCUUCCAUCACGAGUUCUUCGGCGCACAUCCGCCCCCGCAUCCGCACGGGCCGCACUUCGCCGGCACGGGAAAUCCAGUGCGUAAUCUGUUUCUGACAGGCCUGGACCCGGCCAGUUUAGCGGGCAUGGCAGCGGCAGUCGCGGUGGCAGGGGAGUACCCACCUCCGGGCGCGGGGGGCGGCCCUCCGGAAUUUCUCACGGGGCCCCCCGGUCAGGGGCCCCCUGCGCCCACCGGCGGCAGUCCCGGAGAGUUCCUGGCACCUUCAGGUGGUGCGCAGGGUAAUCCGAGCAGCGGCGGGAACGGCGGCGGGCCAGGAGGCGGCGGCGGCGGCGGCGGCGGCGGUGGUGGCGGGGUCGCGGCCGGCGGAUUCCUGGAGCCGCACCAGAUGCAGAGCGAAGGGCUGGCCUGGUAGUACGAGUUUUAAUUAUAACGUGUCCCUCAUAAUAAUAAUAAUAAUAAUUCCGCCCGCGCGCCUGAGAAGAAAGGAAAAAGAAGAGCGAGAUGGGAACUCGCGAGACGCGAACUCUCUCGCGUCGUUGAGGGCGACGGAAGGCUCGGCGCUUCGUUGCUUUUCCUGCCUUUUCCGUAAUUCUUUUCAUUUUUCUUUGCCUCCUCCUCCUCCCCCUCCUCCAUCUCCUUUUACAAUUGAUUCGAUCGAGAGAUCUAUCGAUCCUUCGUCGACACUUUCUGUAAGAUACAGACACGCGCGAGCGAAGCGUUUAAUUGUUCAGUCGACGCUAUUAUCUUUAUUAUUAUUACGCAUCUCGGCGCCGCAAUCGUCGAUGUUACUAUUUUCCUUAUCAUUAAUAUUAUUAUUAUUAUUAUUAAUUAUUAUAUUAUUAUUGUGUAUAAAAUUUCGAAGGUCCCUAUCGUGUAAUAUUGUACCCUCCCUGUUGAUUUUUUUUUUUUUUUUUUAAACACCCUGUAGAUAACUGCUGUUGUACACCUGAGGUAAAAACGUGAAUCGCUAGACACACGCACACACGCAUACACACGACUCGUAUACACACACACACACACACACACACAGACACACACUUGGACACACGCUGUACUAAUAUUAUCAUUAAAGUAUAAAUAUAAAUAGGAAACGUGUAAUUUUUUUGUAUCUGUUAAGGCGGCGAGAUCGAUGUAAAUACACACACGAGGGAAAAAAAAAGGAACACACAGAAACACUCUCUGUCCUCCUCUCUCUUUGCUGAAAAUGCGCGCGAGCCGAUUUGCGCUAGACUUACUCGUUAAACGCCACACCGAAAAUAAGAUAUAUAUAUAUAUAUAUAUAUAUAUAUAUAUAUAUGUGUGUGUGUAUCGUGACAUAAAACACAAACACACGCACACAAUAACACCGAGUAAGGCAGAUCGAGAAAGGGAUGCGCCGCCGUGACGCAUAACGAUUAUAAAUAUUAUUAUAAUAAACCACCUCGUAUUUCCGUA